AUGACAGAGGAGUCCAGGGCUCCGAAGCGGGUACAUAUCCUUUCGUCCAUCAACCCGCCAGAACACCUUCAUGAUGAACCGCACGACAAGAGUCGAAAUGACGAUGCGCCGGAUUCUACCUCGCCGCAAGACGACAAAACUGAAGAAAAUGUGACCGAAAAGGAUAGCCAAAAGCCCCAGACUUCGCGCUUCCGCUUCAAGUCCAAAGACUCCAGGUCGCGACACCGAUCAGACCGCCAUCGCGACGGCGACGAGCAGGGACGCAGCCACCGACGGCAUCGUAGCCGGAGCCGUAGCCCCAGCCGUGACCGCGACGAUGGCAGCAGCUCGCGACACCAUCGCCACCACCACCGGCGACAUAAGCGGCGGCGGCGGCGGCGCUCGGGCUCCCCGCCCCGCGAGGACGAGAAGCGGGAGACCGAGCCAGACGACCCCUACGCGCCCCCGCCGCUGAGCCCCGACGCGGCCUUCCGCGAGGCGCUGUUCGACGCCAUGGCCGACGACGAGGGCGCGUCGUACUGGGAGGGCGUCUACGGGCAGCCGCUGCACGUCUACGGCGACCCGGGCCGGCCGAACGCGCAGACGGGCGAGCUGGAGCGCAUGACGGAGGAGGAGUACGCGGCGUACGUGCGGCAGCGCAUGUGGGAGAAGACGCACGCGGGGCUCCUGGAGGAGCGGGAGAGGCGGGCGCGCGAGCGCGAGGAGAGGGCCGCGCGGGAGGACGAGGAGCGGCGGGUCACGGCCGAGAUGGAGAGGAGCCUGCGCCGGGGCGAGGAGCGGCGGAGGAAGAAGGCCUGGGCCGCGAGGUGGGAGCAGUACGUCCGGGCCUGGGACGGCUGGGACGGCGGCAGCGUCGACGGGAUCCCGUGGCCCGUGGAGAGCGGGCGCAGGGGCGACACCGAGGACGCCGAGGCGGUCCGCCAGUUCUUCGUCCUGGGCCUGAACCUCGAGGCGCUGGGGGAGAAGGCCUUUGCGGCCCGGCUCAAGGACGAGAGGGUGCGGUGGCACCCGGACAAGAUGCAGCAGCGCCUGGGCGGGCGGGAGAAGGCCGACCCGGCACUGAUGAAGGAUGUCACUGCCAUCUUUCAGAUCAUCGAUAAGCUCUGGGCUGAUGUGCGAGCCCGGGGGAGCGCCUAG